CCAGCAUCCACGAAGCCCUACCGGUGAAAAAUCCCUUUGGUGACCCUAAUUUCUUCUCCGAACUAAUUCGCCUUCGAAGCUUCUCCACGAAAAAAAAAGCUCCAAUACCGGAGUCUCUGUUCCUCGUAAUUGAUUAAUCGCCGCUCAUUUUUGCAGUAAAAAUGAGCGGAGAUAAACGAAGAUGGGAUCGAAAGGACUCGCGGAGAUCGAAUAUGCAGAAAGUAGUGAGCACUGCAGAAGAUGAGCUCGAAUCUAAGCUCGGAUUUGGGCUUUUCUCCGAAGGGGAAACGCGCCUCGGUUGGCUACUCACAUUCGCAUCAUCAUCUUGGGAAGAUUCAGAUACUGGGAAAACGUACGGUUGUGUGGACCUGUACUUUGUUACUCAGGACGGGUUUUCUUUUAAGACAAAGUACAAGUUCCGCCCUUACUUCUACGUAGCCACAAAAGACAAAAUGGAAUUGGAAGUUGAAGGCUACUUGAGACGCCGAUAUGAAAGACAAGUUGCUGAUAUUGAAAUUGUUGAAAAAGAGGAUCUUGAUCUUAAAAAUCAUCUUUCUGGCCUGCAAAAAAAAUACCUAAAAAUAUCAUUUGAUACUGUGCAACAAUUGAUGGAAGUCAAGAGGGAUCUGUCGCAUGUUGUCGAACGAAACCAGGCAAAAUUUGAUGCACUUGAAGCAUACGAAUCCAUAUUGGCUGGAAAAAGAAAACAACGGCCUGAAGAUUGCUUAGACUCUAUGGUGGACCUCCGCGAGUAUGAUGUUCCUUAUCAUGUUCGAUUUGCAAUUGAUAAUGAUGUGCGGAGUGGGCAAUGGUAUAAUGUGAGUAUUUCCAGCAGCGAUGUCAUACUAGAGAAGAGGACAGAUCUUCUCCAACGCGCAGAAGUCCGUGUUUGUGCAUUCGAUAUAGAGACAACAAAGCUUGAGUUGAAGUUUCCGGAUGCUGAAUAUGAUCAAAUUAUGAUGAUAUCCUACAUGGUCGAUGGUCAAGGUUUUCUAAUUAUUAACAGAGAGUGUGUUGGCGAAGACGUAGAAGAUCUGGAGUAUACACCCAAACCAGAGUUUGAAGGGUAUUUCAAAGUCACUAACGUUAACAACGAGGUAAAGUAAAUUAGCUCCUGAUCUGAGUAUUAUUUAUCAGAAAUCUUGAUGUGCUUAGAAUCAAGCUACUUUCUUGGUUUUGUCUUGUAGGUUGAACUCCUUCGAAAAUGGUUUUCUCAUAUGCAAGAGUUGAAACCCAGUAUUUAUGUUACAUAUAACGGUGACUUCUUCGACUGGCCAUUUAUAGAACGGAGAGCAUCCCAUCAUGAGAUAAAAAUGAAUGAGGAGUUGGGAUUCCGUUGUGAUCAUAAUCAAGGUGAAUGUCGAGCUAAAUUCGUUUGCCACUUGGAUUGUUUUGCUUGGGUGAAACGUGAUAGCUAUCUUCCUCAGGGAAGCCAUGGUUUGAAGGCAGUUACAAAGGCAAAACUGGGGUAUGAUCCACUGGAAGUGAACCCAGAGGACAUGGUUCGAUUUGCGAUGGAAAAGCCACAGACAAUGGCCUCCUAUUCUGUCUCUGAUGCUGUUGCAACUUAUUACCUAUACAUGACAUAUGUUCAUCCGUUCAUAUUUUCUCUCGCAACUAUCAUCCCAAUGGUCCCUGAUGAGGUCUUACGCAAAGGGAGUGGCACCCUUUGUGAAAUGCUUCUGAUGGUUGAGGCUUACAAGGCAAAUGUUGUAUGUCCCAACAAAAAUCAAGCUGACCCUGAGAAGUUCUACAAAAGUCAUCUUCUUGAAAGUGAGACAUAUAUUGGUGGCCAUGUAGAGUGCCUCGAAAGUGGUGUUUUCAGAUCUGACAUUCCAACCAAUUUUAAGCUCGAUACAUCUGCAUACCAGGCUAUAGCUUAUAGUAAAACGUAUGUACAACUGAUCGAUAACCUUGGCCGGGAUCUGGAAUAUGCUAUCACUGUAGAAGGGAAAAUGAGAAUGGAUUCAGUUACCAAUUAUAAUGAAGUGAAGGAUGAAAUCAAGUUAAAGCUCGAGAAGUUACGAGAUGACCCUAUACGUGAAGAGGGGCCUCUUAUUUAUCACCUUGAUGUCGCAGCGAUGUAUCCAAAUAUUAUCUUAACAAACAGGCUUCAGCCUCCAUCGAUAGUUACUAAUGAGGUCUGCACAGCAUGUGAUUUCAACCGGCCGGGGAAAACUUGUCUUAGAAAACUUGAAUGGGUUUGGCGCGGGGUGACAUUCAUGGCAAAGAAGAGUGAUUAUUACCAGCUGAAGAAGCAGAUUGAGUCUGAAUUUGUUGAUGCUGGUGGAAAUAUUCAGUCUUCUAAAUCUUUCCUUGAUCUGCCAAAAGUGGAACAACAAUCUAAACUAAAAGAACGACUGAAAAUAUAUUGUCAAAAGGCACAUAGACGAGUGCUUGACAAGCCCAUCACUGAAGUUCGUGAGGCUGGGAUAUGCAUGAGAGAAAACCCGUUCUAUGUAGACACUGUUCGGAGCUUUCGAGAUAGGAGGUAUGAAUACAAAACACUUAACAAGAUCUGGAAGGGAAAGUUGUCAGAGGCCAAGGCAAGUGGCAAUUCAAUCAAGAUCCAGGAAGCACAGGACAUGGUAGUGGUAUACGAUUCCUUGCAGCUAGCUCAUAAGUGUAUUCUUAAUUCCUUCUAUGGAUAUGUCAUGCGAAAGGGAGCAAGAUGGUACUCGAUGGAAAUGGCCGGUGUAGUUACCUAUACUGGAGCGAAAAUCAUUCAGAAUGCCCGUUUGCUUAUCGAGCGAAUUGGGAAACCACUUGAGCUGGAUACAGAUGGUAUAUGGUGUUGUCUCCCUGGAUCUUUUCCUGAGAACUUUACUUUUAAAACGACGGACAUGAAGAAAUUCACGAUCUCUUAUCCGUGUGUAAUGCUUAAUGUUGAUGUAGCACAGAAUAAUACAAAUGAUCAAUAUCAGACUCUUGUAGAUCCUGUACGCAAGACAUAUGAGUCGCAUAGUGAAUGCUCAAUUGAAUUUGAAGUGGAUGGACCGUACAAGGCAAUGAUUAUUCCUGCAUCGAAAGAAGAAGGAAUCUUAAUUAAGAAGCGUUAUGCUGUUUUCAACCAUGACGGAACCUUAGCAGAACUCAAGGGGUUUGAGAUCAAGCGUAGAGGGGAGCUGAAACUCAUUAAAGUUUUCCAGGCCGAGCUUUUUGACAAAUUUCUCCAUGGGUCAACUCUUGAAGAGUGUUAUUCUGCAGUUGCAGCCGUUGCAAAUCGGUGGCUUGACUUACUCGAUAAUCAAGGAAAAGAUAUUGCUGAUAGUGAACUACUAGAUUAUAUAUCAGAAUCAAGCACCAUGAGCAAAUCGUUAGCAGAUUAUGGUGAGCAAAAGUCAUGUGCAGUGACCACAGCAAAACGACUUGCUGAUUUUCUUGGUGAUACAAUGGUCAAAGAUAAAGGACUGCGUUGCCAAUACAUUGUUGCUUGUGAACCAAAGGGGACACCUGUAAGUGAACGUGCUGUUCCUGUUGCCAUAUUUGCCUUAUCUGAAACGGAACCUGAAAGGAUGAAGUUUUAUCUGGGAAAAUGGUGCAAGCAGCGCAUUAGUUCAGCUAUCCAAAAUGUUGAUAUUCGUUUAAUUAUUGACUGGUCGUAUUAUAAGCAGCGCCUGAGUUCAGCUAUACAGAAAGUUAUUACCAUUCCUGCUGCAAUGCAGAAGGUGGCAAAUCCAGUGCCUCGGGUGCUUCAUCCCGAUUGGCUCCAUAAAAAGGUUCGUGAGAAAGAUGACAAAUUUCGCCAGAGAAAACUAGUCGAUAUGUUCAGCUCUGCAAACAAAGAUGGUGUGUUGGAAACAAAUCCUUCGGUGGCUCAAGAUAAUGUGGAAGAUAUUGAGGAUUUUUGCAAAGAAAACAGGCCUGCCGUAAAGGGGCCAAAGCCAAUUGCGCGUUCUUAUGGAGUCAAUAAAGAACAGUAUGAACGUGAGCAGCAAGAGAGCUGGGAUCCAAAGUGCGAUGAAUUCUCAUUUCAGAACGUUGACAAGAACGUAGAUUACCAAGGAUGGCUUGAAGUGAAAAAGAGAAAGUGGAAAGUAAAUCUAGAGAAGAGGAAAAAACGAAGGUUGGGUGAUCUAAGACCGUCAAACCUGUUUGAUAAUCACGAGAUAAAUAAAAAAGUCUCACAGGGAAGAGGAGGUGUAGGUUCAUACUUUAGGAGGCCUGAAGAAGCUUUGACUAGUUCACAUUGGCAGAUAAUACAACUGGUCCCAAGUUCACAGAGCGGGCAAUUUUUCGCUUGGGUGGUUGUGGAAGGAUUGAUGCUUAAGAUCCCAUUGACUAUCCCAAGGGUUGAGAUUCAGGAAGAUCAAUUUAGAAAAGAAAGCAAAAAGCUUGACGCUCUUCUUGCAGACCCUGACAUUGAGGGCAUAUAUGAAACCAAGGUGCCUCUGGAGUUUAGUGCGAUAUGUCAGAUUGGAUGUGUAUGCAAAAUUGAUAACACAGCCAAGCACCGUAACACACAAGAUGGAUGGAAAGUUGGUGAACUUCAUAUGAAAACUACAACUGAAUGUCACUACUUGGAGCGAUCUAUUCCACUUGUUUAUUUGUAUAGCAGCACCUCAACAGGACGUGCUAUAUAUGUUUUAUAUUGUCAGGCAUCAAAGCUUAUGUCUGCUGUGGUAGUCAGUCCUUAUGGCGACAAGGAACUAUUGCCAUCUGCCCUAGAGAAACAAUUUAGAGAUAGUUGCCAAGAAUUGUCACUGGAGUCAUUGUCUUGGGAUGGGAUUCUUUUCCAGGUGGACUAUGUUGACCAUCCCGAAGCUGCAAAUAAGAUUAUACAAAAAGCAAUAAGUGAAUACAGAGAAGAAAAUUGUGGACCAACUGUGGCAGUCAUCGAAUGCCCUGACUUUAACUCCAUGAAGGAAGGUAUAAAGGCCCUGGAUGAUUUCCCAUGUGUGAGGAUUCCCUUCAACGGCGAUGACAAUAGUUAUCAGCCUGUGUCCUGGCAACGUUCAGCAGCAAAAAUAGCAAUGUUCCGUUGUGCUGCAGCAUUUCAGUGGUUGGAUCGGAGGAUUGCCCAGUCAAGAUACGCCCAUGUGCCUUUGGGGAAUUUUGGACUUGAUUGGUUAACAUUCACCGUAGAUAUCUUCGUUUCUAGGGCACUCCGUGACCAGCAGCAGGUCCUUUGGGUGUCAGACAAUGGUGUUCCAGACCUUGGAGGUAUAAACAAUGAAGAGACAUUCUUUGCUGAUGAGGUGCAGCAGACAAGUUUGGUAUACCCUGGAGCGUAUAGAAAAGUGUCUGUGGAGUUAAAGAUCCAUAACCUGGCUGUUAAUGCCCUUCUGAAAAGCAACCUAGUGAGUGAGAUGGAAGGAGGCGACUUUUUGGGAUUUGAGCAGGAUGUGAAUUCUAGAGGAAGUGGUUCAAACGUUAACGCCAGUUUUGAUGAGACCACUGGAUGUGCUCAAGCAUUUCGUGUUCUGAAACAACUGAUCCAGAGUUGCUUGGCUGAUGUGUGUAAAUCAAAAAAUAUAUAUGCUGAUUCCAUUUUGCAACGUUUGUCUUGGUGGCUCUGCAGCCCUUGCUCAAAGCUUCAUGAUCCUGCUCUUCAUCUCAUGCUUCACAAGGUCAUGCAAAAGGUCUUUGCGCUGCUUUUGACUGAUUUGCGGAGAUUAGGUGCUAUAAUAAUAUAUGCAGACUUCUCAAAGAUCGUGAUCGAUACCGGGAAAUUUGAUAUAUCUGCUGCUAAAGCUUAUUGUGAAAGCUUGCUCGCAGCGGUGGGGAGUAGCGAUAUAUUUGAGUGGAUCGUGCUUGAGCUGGAUCACUACUGGCACUCGCUACUUUUCAUGGACCAGUAUAACUAUGCUGGUAUUCGAGCUACCGAUGAUGAAAUUUCACUUGACGAAGUGACUAUUGAACCAAAAUGGAGCGUUGCAAGACUGUUACCCGAGUAUAUUCAGAGGGAUUUCAUCAUAAUCGUUGCCAAGUUUAUAUUUGACCCCUGGAAAUUUGCAUUAGAGAAAAAAACGGGCAGUGCAGAGAGUGUAGAGGCACAGAUGGUAGAAUAUCUAAGGGAACAGAUACGAUCGAACUUCAUAAAUAUGAUUGUUAAAAAAAUCGGUGAUAUCAUGUCACACACGAAGGAGAUAAACGUUUCAGAUGCAUCUCGGGUUUCUGGUCAAGCUUCCAAAGGAGAUUACACGUUAGAAUUUAUACAAAUUAUCUCUGGUGUUCUGGCUCUUGACCAAAACGUCCAGCAAGAUGUUCUGGUCAUGAGAAAGAAUCUGUUGAAGUACAUUAAUGUAAAAGAAUUUGCCGCUGAAGCCGAAUUUCUUGAUCCGGGGCCUUCCUUCAUCUUACCUAAUGUGGCUUGCAGCAACUGUGAUGCCUACAGAGACCUAGAUAUAUGCAGAGACCCAGCUCUAUUAACAGAGAAAGAAUGGUCCUGUGUAGAUUCGCAAUGUGGGAAGAUAUAUGACAGAGAGCAGAUGGAGAAUAGUCUUCUCCAGAUGGUGAGACAGAGAGAGAGAAUGUACCAAAUGCAGGAUCUGGUUUGCAGUAGGUGCAAUCAGGUGAAAGCUGCUCACUUGUCGGAGCAGUGCGAGUGUGCUGGAUCCUUUAGAUGCAAGGAAAGCGUGUCAGAGUUCCGCAAGAAGAUGGAGAUUUUCUUGGAUAUUGCAAAGCGCCAGCAGUUUCUAUUGUUAGAAGAAUUCACCUCUUGGCUUUUAAAUCCCUUCAGCGAUUCAGAAAGACAUCAUUUGUAGGUUGUAGAUUUUUCUGCAUAGCUUUACACCCUAAUUGCCUAAUAAAAUCUGAAAUUUUAUGAUGAUGAUGUUUUGCUUUCUUUCCUUCACUUGAGUAGAGAUAUUUGCAUUUAUCUGCAACACAACGUAGGCGUUGUACCAAAUUCUUUAAUUUAUAAUUUUCUAAUUUUGCUCUCGAUUUUGUGUUAUUUUAAAGGCCGAC